AACUAUUCAUAAGUUUGUAUUACUAGAUGCGAAACAAACAAUUAUAGCCCAUCGGGUUGCCGUCGUUUAUGUUUUUGAGGGUUGCAAAAAUUAUAGCCUAACUUAUGCAAACGGGGGGGGGGGGGGGGGGGGGGGGGGGGGGGGGGGGGGGCUAAAUGCCAAAAUCAAUCAAUACAUAGUCUAGAACUUUUAGGGUUCGCCUACCUAUGCAACUAAGAGAACUAGACAAUGCAACCGGGGGGGCUAAAUGCCAAAAUUAAUCAAUACAUAGUCUAGAACCUUUAGGGUUCGCCUACCUAUGCAACUAAGAGAACUAGACAACCUAGAGAUAUCUCCAAUCCAACACCCAUAACAGAGAUUUUUUAGCUUAUUCCACCAAUUAUGGCGCCACUUUCCCUCUGGUGCCAAUUUUCCUCUGGCAGUUUUGCUCUAAGUUGGGUGAUUCACUCUGUCAGUAGAGUAACGGCCCUCUAAUGCCUCAUAUCAUUAGCUACCGAACUCCUACCACUUAUAAGUCUAUGUAUAAACUUUCUAACAGGAUUUUGGAGAGAGAGAGGGGAUGGUUAUCUAAUGUGUCUUUGAGUUCCAAUCAACAUUAUUUAGCUUCGCCACCACGAAAGAUAUAUUCUCUAAAGGAGCUGGUGUUUUCUGGAUGAGACUCAAAACGGCAGCCCAAUUGCCUUUUUGGUGAUUAGGCUGCAGAGGCCAACACUGUUUAUGUCCUCUCUUCAUUUUCUACUUCUGGCUCGCAACAGUCGAGUCAUGAUGUAUCCAGCUACAAAGUGGUCCACUAGGUUGCUAAAUGCCAAAAUCAAUCAAUACAUAGUCUAGAACUUUUAGGGUUCGCCUACCUAUGCAACUAAGAGAACUAGACAAUGCAACCGGGGGGGCUAAAUGCCAAAAUUAAUCAAUACAUAGUCUAGAACCUUUAGGGUUUGCCUACCUAUGCAACUAAGAGAACUAGACAACCUAGAGAUAUCUCCAAUCCAACACCCAUAACAGAGAUUUUUUAGCUUAUUCCACCAAUUAUGGCGCCACUUUCCCUCUGGUGCCAAUUUUCCUCUGGCAGUUUUGCUCUAAGUUGGGUGAUUCACUCUGUCAGUAGAGUAAUGGCCCUCUAAUGCCUCAUAUCACUAGCUACCGAACUCCUACCACUUAUAAGUCUAUGUAUAAACUUUCUAACAGGAUUUUGGAGAGAGAGAGAGAGGAUGGUUAUCUAAUGUGUCUUUGAGUUCCAAUCAACAUUAUUUAGCUUCGCCACCACGAAAGAUAUAUUCUCUAAAGGAGCUGGUGUUUUCUGGAUGAGACUCAAAACGGCAGCCCAAUUGCCUUUUUGGUGAUUAGGCUGCAGAGGCCAACACUGUUUAUGUCCUCUCUUCAUUUUCUACUUCUGGCUCGCAACAGUCGAGUCAUGAUGUAUCCAGCUACAAAGUGGUCCACUAGGUUGCUAGGCCUUGAAAACUUAGGAAACACUACCAAGAGUGCAUCAAAUUGAUAAAAGCAAUUAUAGUGCUAUUAGAGUGCACUUUGAGUGGUCACAUAGCAAAUUCAAUAUAUUAUGAAAGUAAAUGUGUGAAACCAUGAAUUUGUGUUUAUAUCAAGGUUCUAAAAGGUGCUAGGCGUAAGGAAGGCGCUCGGCUCUUGACUUGCGCCUUGCCCGAUUAGGCGUAGCCUAGGCGUUUAGAGCAUACAUGGAAAAAUUCUCAAAUAUUUCCUAUUUUCUAGAAUAAUUCAUAUAAUCCAAGUGCAUAUAAAAUUAGCAAUGCCUAGUUCUUAACAGUAAACACUUAACAUAACAAAUAACAAGCAAAUAGUGACCAAUCAUCUGCUAAUAGGUGCUUAUAAAGGCAAGAAGCUUGUGCUACGUACCGAGGAGAAGGAAGGAGCAGCAAUUGACGAGUUUCGACUUUAUUUCCCACUAUAGAAGCGGAGCAGUGUGAAGGCGAGAAGAGUGAUUGAUGACUUUCUCCGGCGGCGGCAGAGAGCAGCAAAUGGGGCGAGAGCUAGGGCGGUAGGCGGUAGCAGAUGGGGCGAGAGCUAGGGCGGCAGGCGGCUGCUGAUGUUACUUCCCUUUUUUUUUCUAGGGCAAGAGGCAAGUUUCUGAUUUUCUAGGACAAAACGAAGAGUAUUGGGUUUAACCGCCUAAGCUCGCCCAGGAACGCCCAGGCACGCCUUCUCUCCACUAGGCACAAACUAAGCGAUCCUCCACCGCCUAGCACCUAAUUGAGCCUAGGCGCGCCUUCUUGAACCCUGGUUUAUAUACGAGGGUCUAAAAGAAUAUUUUUCACAUGUCAUCAAACCUCUAGAAAAAAAUAAAUUUAAAAUAAUAAUUAUAAAAUAAGAUAAAAUUCUUAAAUAAAAAAAUAUCAGACUAGUACAAGCUACAACAAAAUACCAUGACAAACUCUCAUAUUCCGAAAAAUUGUAAAAUAUAUUCAAUACGUAUAUUGCUCAACAAAUCACUUUCAGUAUAUCCUACUAGACAAUUUGAUUCCUUUUCUCAAGCAUAUAAUAGAUUCUAAACAUCUCUAGCUUUAAUUGAGAAACAUUAACCAAACAUAAUAAACGAUCAAAUUAAACCCAUCAUUUGUCAAGCUUACAAUAUAUCAUAUAAUUAAACCCAUAAUAUCUCAAGCAUAGAAUAGAUUAAUAGCUUUAAUUGAAGGGUUAAUUGCAUGGUUGGUCACUAACAUUACAAAAAGCGUUCAUGUUUGGUCACUCGAAAUAUUUAAAUCCAUUUGUGGUCACUAACUUUACAAAAACCGUUCAUUUAUGGUCACUCUCCGUUAGCUGCCGUCCAACGCCGUUAAUGGCGUCCGUUAAGUGAUGAUGUGGCUGACGGAUUCGCCUAAUCAUCACCUUUUAACCCAAAAAUUGACUGACCCGACCCGCCACGUCAUUUAAACCCUCCAUGUCAGCCAAACCUAACCAAACCUCUAACCAAACCAAACCCGACCCAUAAAUAUAAAGAACUGACCCGACCCACCAAUUAAUCUACCCACCUUUGACUAAAACCCUAAUCGAAGACAAAUCCCGGCCACCAAGAAGAAGAGCGGCCUCCAACUUCAGCUUCGACAAGAAGGACAGCCCCGCCGCCGGGGACAGGAAUCAGACCAUCCCUCUGGCCUCCGAUAUCUGGAGCAUCACGGGCGUGGCGCCCAUGGUGGCGCCUCCUAAGCGAGGUAAUCACGGCAUGGCGGCGGCGAUUCAGCUUUCUUCUGAGAUUUGGAGCAUUGUCGACGGUCCUCCGCGUAUGGCUCCGCCACCGAUGAUGAUGAUGAUGAAUUCGGCGGCGGCGGAGAGGGAAAGGGGGUCGACGAUGUCGCCGGUUAAGAGGGAAGCGAGGAAGAAGAAUUCGUACGGAUCUCCAAGGAGCAGACGUGUGGAGAGGCAGGGUCCAUACCUCGCUGGGAGGGAGAGGUCGUCGCCGCUGUCGAGGGAGUAGGAGAGAGAGCGGCGGCCGGUGGCGAUUUCACCUCAGAAGCGAGAGAGGGAGAGGAAUUCGUCGUCUUGGUCGGUGAGGAAGGAUUCGGGAAGAAUCGGGGAAGUCCGGGACACAUUAUUGUUGGUCUCUGUUUUGGGGUGAGGGAGAAGUUGUUGUGGGCGAGGGCAAGGAAGCUCUGGCGGACAAUUUCUUCCCAGGCUUAGUGGAGCAGCGAGAGGGAUAAAAACCCAUAUGGAGCGGUGAAUUCUAUGAUUGAUCAAGGUUUUUGAACUGGAUUGGAUUGGGGGAAAGAUUGGAUUUUUUCUUUCUUGCUUCCAAGUUCAGGGGUUUCUUUCAAGCUUGGGGAAGGAUGAAUGAGAAUGAAUAAUGGAGGUGGGUUUGGGUUUCUGAUGACCAGAAACCCAAUGGAGGUGGUGGGUCGAAUCAGUUCUUUAUUUAUGGGUCGGGUCUGGUCUAGUUUGGUUAGGUUUGGCUGAUAUGGAGGGUUUAAAUGACGUGGCGGGUCGGGUCAGUCAAUAUUUGGGUUAAAAGGUGAUGAUUAGGCGAAUCCGUCAGCCACGUCAUCACUUAACGGACGCCAUUAACGGCGUUGGACGGCAGCUAACGGAGAGUGACCAUAAAUGAACGGUUUUUGUAAAGUUAGUGACAAAAAAUGGAUUUAAAUAUUUCGAGUGACCAAACAUGAACGCUUUUUGUAAUUCAGUGACCAACCAUGCAAUUAACCCUUUAAUUGAAAAAACAUUAACCAAACACAAUGAACAAUAAAAUUAAACCCACCAUUUCUCAAUCAUAUAAUAGAUUCUAAUGAUCAAUAGCUUUCAUUGAGAAAACAUUAACCAAACGUAAUAAACGAUAAAAUUAAAGCCUUCAUUUCUCAAGCACAUAAUAGAUUAUUAGCUUUAUUUGAGAAAACCUUAACAAAACAUAAUGAACGAUAAAAUUAAACCCAUCAUUUUCUAGCUUAUAAUAGAUUCUAAAGAAGUAAAGAUCAAUACCUUUAUUUGAGUAACAUUAACCAAACAUAAUGAAUGAUAAAAUUCAACCCAUCCUUUUCUGAAACAUAUAAUAGAUCAAUAGCUUUAAUUGAGAAAACAUUAACCAAACAUAAUAAAUUAUAAAAGUGAACCCAUCAUUUUCUCAAGCAUAUAAUAGAUUCUAAAGAUCAAUAGCUUUAAUUGAGAGAACAUUAACCAAACAUAAUAAACAAUAAAUUUAAACCCAUCAUUUUCUCAAGCAUAUAAUAAAUUCUAAAGAUCAAUAGGUUUAUUUGAGAAAACAUUAACCAAACAUAUUAACAAUAAAAUUAAACCCAACAUGUUCAAGCAUCUAUCUAUCUAUCUAUCUAUCUAUCUAUAUCUAUACUAUAUAUUAUGGCAAUUCAAAAAAAAAAUUCUUGCCACAUAAGCACUUGGAGGAUCCACAAUUUGCCAAGUUGGACAACUUUUUUACAAACAAAAAAUUAGUUAUUAAUGUAUUUAUGGAGCUACCUCUCUCUUCUUUAAUAUUUCCAUUUCUUUUAUCCAAUUAUUCUUUUUCAUUUAUCCAUUUAUUCUUUUUUGUCUUUUAUAAUAAGUUACAUGUUGAUAAACUUAACCAAACACACAUAAAUAAUAUUUUUUUUAAAUAAACAAAAUAUAAAUAAGAAAAAAGAGAGUGACAUAUAUCACAUUUAUUUAAAUAAAAAAUAUCUGAUUAAACCUUAUGAAAUAAAUUUUCUACUCAUUUUUACUAAAAUUUAAUGAUAAGUUACAUUUUGAUGAAAAAAUAAACAAACAUACACAUAAAAAAUUAUGUUUUAAUCGAUUAAACCAAAAUAUAUAUGAAAAGAGAGAAAAUAAACAUUUGUCAUUCAA